CACACGAUCCAAUCGAGAAGCCGGCGGAACCAGCAGUGGUUCUUGCUAUGAAAAACAGGUUCGGAAAUAAAAAUAUAUGGUGUUCUGAGCCUCCCACCCCAUUUCCCUUCUCUUGAAAUGUCCUCUUCUGGACCAACAAUCCUACAAACCGAAGUUACUGGUAUGGUCUUGCUCAUCGCAGCGGCGAUGGUCACUUCAUUCCGUUUGUUCGUGCGGAUGCGACAAAGGCGUCUAUGGCUGGACGACGCAUGGGCGGCGCUUGCUUUGGCAUUCGAUAUGGUUUUUUUGGUGGUGCUCUGGUUGUAUCUACAUGAUUACGCUCAAUUUCCCCAAGAUACAAUGGUGGCGUUGUAUUAUAUAAACUUACAGUUCUUCUUGGCAAUCCUUUGGUCGUCCAGGAUCUCAAUUUUAUUCACCGUCGUGCGAAUGACUUUACCUGGAUCGUUAAGGAGAUUGCUAGUAUGCACCUCCAUCGCAUUCUUGGUGACCGCGAUUGUCCUUGGCGCGCAAAUCUUUUGGACCUGUGAAGCAGAACCUGGUUGGAAAUCACAACCACGUCCUCAGUGCGAUCUAGGUAGGAAUGUUGCCAUUGCGCAGAUAAUAACCGAUGUGUUCGGUGAUGCGAUCCUAAUACUAGCACCUUUCCAUCUGAUUUACAAAGUCAGACUCACUAAGGCCCAAAAGCUUCGACUUCUGUCUAUCUUUUCGGCCUCUGGUAUUACCACUAUUGUCAGCCUAACCCACGCAUAUUACCUGCUUUCCGAUGGCGGGCUGAAAGAAGUCGUGGCUGCCGUAGUUCAGUUGUCAGUUAGCUUGACUGUGGCGAACUUGAGCGUAGUUGUCGCUUUCUUCUUCCGUAUCAGCACUGAAGAUACUCCAACCCCUGCUCCGCUUGAACUCAAGUCCAUAAUCACCUUUGGCUCCCGGCCAAUUCGGAAAAGACCACGGCUCGAUCCUCUCUCAACACCAACGAUGAUGGUUGGGAUUGAGCCCACAACAAUAAAACUAGAAGAUUUCAGCACGUCUCCUGUGCGAGCUACCGGAAGAGACGAUAAUGAUGCCGAAGCUGUAUCCAUUCAAACGCUUUACAAGCCAGCUCCGUUAUGUGACGCUUGAUGUAUUUGAUAUACCGCCAUCUGUAUUUU